AAAACGUGGGGGACGGGGGACGGGAAGAGAGAGGAUGGGAAUCUCACCCAUUGGUCUUCAUCCUUCACAUUUUGCAUUCCCUCCUCAUUCUACAUGGCCAAUUCGACUCUGCUACCCACCCCUUCCAACCCCGGCCCUUUUGGUCACAAACAGCGCAAGAACUUUUUCUUCCCUGAGGGCAAGACCGAGUUCAAUCAUGGGUCGUAUGGCACCUUUACGAGGUCUGUUCAGGACAACAUGAUGAAAUGGCACAAUUUCGCAGAGCAGAACCCUGAUCGAUGGGUGCGGCUGGACCUCAAGCCCACGCUCAGGAAGAUCCGUUCACAGCUUGGGGAGUUCAUGAACUGUGACGUAGACGAGCUAGCCCUUGUCCAGAACACGACGGCGGGCGUCAAUGCUGUCCUACGUAGUCUCGAAUUUGUGCCCGGAGACAGGAUCCUGCAGCUUUCCACGGGCUAUAUCAACGUCGACAAGACUGUGCACUAUAUCUGUGAUACCCACAAGGAUGUGGAGAUCGUCGAGGUCCCCGUGGUAAUGCCCAUGACGGACCAGGAAAUCGUGUACCAGGUCGAGAAGACAGUGCAAGACCAGCUGACAAAGAAGGACGGGACCAGGAUCCGGCUCGCCAUGGUCGACUGGAUCUCGUCCGUACCUGCGGUUGUGCAUCCCAUCAAACCUUUGGUCGAUAUGUUGCAAUCCUAUGGCAUCCUGGUCUUUGUGGACGGCGCUCAUGCGAUCGGGCAGGUGCCUGUUGAUUUGUCAUAUUUGGGCGCGGACUUUUUUAUUACAAACUGCCACAAGUGGUUGUAUAGCGUACGAGGAUCGGCUGUUCUGUAUGUUCAAAAAAAGCAUCAAGACCUGAUUCAUCCAGUCGCGAUCCAAGGUGACUACAAGACCGGAUACGAGCACGAAUUCUCCUGGAACGGCACCAUGGACUACUCGAGCAUGCUCUCGAUCGAGGGCGCCCUAGAGUUCCGCAAACAGUACGGCGAAAAGGCCAUCGUUCACUACACCCAUAAACUGGCUGUCCAGGGCGGCAGGAUCAUGGCAGAGAUUCUGGGUACGGAUGUACUGACUCCACAUGACCAACAGGUCGGGAAUAUGGUCAACGUGAGGUUGCCGAUCAAGAAUAUCGACCACCCAAAGAUCGCGACGCCCGAUUAUCUGAUUCGACACUUGAUGGAUAAGUACAAUUUAUUCUCGCCGAGUUACAAACAUGGGGGUUACUUCUGGACCAGGGUCUCGUCUCAGAUCUAUCUGGAGCUAGAGGAUUUUGUGCACUUGGGCCAUGUCUGGAAGGAGGUUGUCGAGGAGCUGAACGCAGAGGAUUAAGUCGAGACAGUAGUGGCAUCUGGCGCCGACCCUGUUAUUUUCUUUCUUUCUUUUGUUUAAAUACCAAUGACGAUGGCUAGAUGGUUUAGCUAAUCCCUGAUAACAAUAAAAAUAAAGAUAAAAAUGAAAGGGAGGCAACGGCAAUGAACAAGCAUGUUCAUACAGAGUUCGCAGGUAUCAAGUGGGGGUAGUUGCGGUGUCCCCAGCUGGACAAAAAUUCC